UCCAAUCGUGCUCAAAACCUAUUAUUUCCUUCUCCUUCCCGCACUUUCAGGGACCUCCUUUUGCGAUCUCUCCCCCCCCCCUCGGGCGGUUCCACCUCCAUCAGCACCAGCUAUACCGAUCUCAGCAACCUAAUACAAGGCAAGACACAACUUUUUAUUUUUCCCGGGCACCUCCAGAACAGGUCCGUUCUAUCUUUGCCUGUGUUACGAAGUGGAUUCUAGCCCACGAAAGCUUCCAAUGCGAUCCUCUACACGUCUACUCAGAAGGAAGAAGUGAUUACUGCCCCAUGGGAAACAAACGUAGUUGUGAUUGAGCAAUCGUAUGCAAACACAAAAGGCUGUAGGAAAGACGAGUUCUUGACGAUCUUUCUAACUCGGGUUUUGUUUUGUACGCACAAAAGUGAUUUAUUUUAUUGCUAAAAAACUUUACCCUGCCAGUAAAAAAAAACAUCCUGAUGAGUGGCCGAGAAAGCAUGGAGCAUCCUAACCUCCACAAAGUAGUCCAGUGUUAUGCUUAUUUGGCUGGAGUGAAGUGGGAGUUGGUGUAGCCUAUGGCAACCCUACAGCUUUCUCUCCUGCAGCUUGUGGUGUGUAGCAAUGGCAGAGGAUGAUCCUGCUGUGUUCUCCUCUGGCACUCUGCCCUCAGAUCCACGUCUCCUUGCAACAGUGACCAAUGCCUACUUGGGCACCCGUGUCUACAGGGACAUCCUCCAUAUCAAUGGGGUGUAUAAUGGAGCAGUUGGAGACACUCACCGGGCUGAUGUCCCCAGUCCUGUUAAUGUCAGAAUGAGCAUAGCUGCUGAGGACAGCCUAGGUGAGACUUUCUCCUUGGACACUAAGACAGGGACCUAUAGCCACACAAUCCAGGCCUCAGAUUGUACAGCCACUCACAGAAUCUAUGCCCACCAAUCCCUUGUUCAACUUCUGGCCUUCAGCAUAACCAUCCAGAGGUCAGCUCUUGAAGGUCAGCCCAUCACUGUGACUCUUCAGACCCAAUUCACACCUGAGAGUCCAGACUUGGACUUGCAUAGAGGGCCAGAUUUCCAGGGAGCUCACUACCUCUAUGGAAAGACAUUGGUCCCUGAAGUGGAAAGUGGUCCUCAGCCUACUGUUCACAUGAUUUGGACCCCAGUUCCACAAACUGUAAUGCUUCCUGGGGAGGAGAAGGAGAAGAGCUGGGAGUUCCUCACUGCCAUAGCAGAGACUGAAGAGGAUGUGAAAAGAAUCUUUACUGAAGGGAUGUCACUGAUUGGCUCUGGUUCCUUGUAUGUGUCUCACAUCCAGGCAUGGGCAGCGCUCUGGGAAGGAUGCUGUGUUGAAGUUGAUGGGCCUCUUUCAUUGAGCCAGGCUGUUUAUGGAUGCCUCUAUUACCUGCUAAGUGCCAUUCCUCCCCUGGAUUCCUCUGACUUCUUAUUUUCAGGAAUCAGCCCUGGAGGCCUUUCUAAUGGCACAUGUGGUGAAGAUUACUGGGGCCAUGUCUUCUGGGACCAGGAUACCUGGAUGUACCCAAACAUCUUGCUUUUCUACCCAGAAGCAGCUUGUGCUAUCUUGAAAUAUCGGAUCAGAACACUAGGAGGAGCCCUGUACAAUGCACAGAAACAAGGAUACAAGGGUGCAAAGUUUCCCUGGGAGAGCGCAGCUACGGGCCAAGAGGUCUGCCCUGAGGAGAUUUAUGGAGCUGAGGAAAUCCACAUUAGUGGAGAUGUUUUGCUGGCCUUCGAGCAGUAUUAUUACAUCACACAGGAUCUGGAGCUCUUUCGGCAGGAAGGUGGUUGGGACGUGGUCCAUGCGGUUGCUCAGUACUGGUGCAGCCGGGUGGUAUGGAGCCCAGAAGAGCAGAACUACCACAUCACUGGUGUCCUGCCCCCCGAUGAAUAUCAUAGUGCUGUAGAUAACUCUGUUUAUACCAAUGCCAUUGCCCAGAGGAGCUUGAAUUUUGCUAUUGACUUGGGCUCCCAGUUGCACAUUUCCAUCCCUGAAGAGUGGAAGGAGGUUGGGAAGAAAAUUAAAGUACCUUUUGAUAAAAGCAGAAGUUACCACCCAGAGUAUGAUGGGUACUGCCCAGGUGAGCAAGUGAAACAGGCUGAUGUUGUCUUGCUUGGAUUCCCUGUCAUGUAUCCCAUGGACCCAGAAGUCAGAAGAAAUGACCUAGAGAUGUAUGAGCCUGUGACUGACCCUCAGGGGCCAGCCAUGACCUGGAGCAUGUUUGCUGUUGGUUGGUUGGAGCUGAAGGAGAUAGGAAGAGCACAGCAACAGCUGAGCAAGUGUUUCAGCAACAUCAGUGAACCAUUCAAGAUCUGGGUGGAGAACUCUGAUGGAUCAGGAACCGUGAACUUCCUGACAGGGAUGGGUGGAUUUCUGCAAGCUGUCAUUUUUGGGUACACUGGAUUCAGGAUCACCAAGAAGCACCUGAAGUUUGACCCUGUUUGUCCGGAUGACAUAAAGGAAUUAAGGAUUACUGGAGUGUGUUACUUAGGGAGCAAGCUGGAUUUCACCCUUACCAAUGAAAACAUCACCAUCAAAGUGAGAAAGUUCUCCUCUGUCCUACAGGCUUCUAGUUUGGAGGCUGUACUGGCAGGAACAGGCGAGCAUCUUCCCUUAAAUGAAGGACAGAGUGUCUCCUUCCCUACAGCUGCUGGUUGGAUCCAGAAAUCACAUGCUGAGACAUUUUAAGCCAAGCUUAUUUUAAUUCCAUAACAAGUAUGAAAAACUACCAAGGAUUUUAAAGCAUGGCAGAGAGCCAGUAUCUUAGAGCUUCAUGGUCUAUUAGUAUACAGCAAUAUGGAGGAGACUGAAUCUUGACUACAUUGUUUAUGUCAGCAGCCUGCUGAAGUGGAAGUUAGUUUGAAAUGUCCCACCACCACUACAGAGAUAUAGCUUACUUCCUGACUAGUGAGUAGAUUUUGAAAGGUUCUGCAAUGGAGAGAAAAUAAAAUAUGUUUAUUUUGGAGGAGAAGUUAGUCUGAAGAAAUCCUAAGAUGUUUCCUGAUUAUUUGCUUAUUUUACAUGAUAGUGUAUUAUAACAGAGCCAUUACUCUCUUGUAACACACAGCCAUUUGUCACUGGAAAAAUGGGACUCAUACUAGCCAGUACAUCCAUUGCAAUUGUGAGUGUUGUGCAGCCUAUGAUUAUGUGGGUGUUCACAGACACCUAUUGGCUGGUGCUUGUGACAUUUACUUCAAAAAAUCCAUAUGCAUGGGGACUUCCGGGAAGGGUGACUUAGCCUGUGCCUGCUUUUGAGACGGGCUCCUGCCUCAAAAGAAGCUUAUUCAGAUAUAUCAGUCAGAUUUUCUUUUUUUUUUGACUGAUUAAACUUCUCCCGGGUAGGGAGAAACGAAGAGAUUAACCUCAAAGCCUAUUUUUGUUGGGACGACCAGAUCUCAUUAAUUUAUGGGACGAGGUCCAGCCGACGAAGGUGGGACGGAUUUUCAACAACAAGCUCUAUCUGAUAAAGCGAACGUUCAUCUUAUCUUCUAAGAGAGAACGCACUAACAGGCAAGCACCCUUCUUUCUAUAUUUUUCUUUUAUUUGACUUAAAUUGUUGCUGUUUAAAAGAGAUUUGCCAGAUUGAUCGGUUCUUGACAUCUCACUGGGGAGCCAUAACUUCUCUCUGCUACUCACUAAUUAAUAGCUUAUCUCUGUUUUUGUUGCAAAAAGCUGUCCUGGAUUUGCAUUCUAAAGAUAUACACAGAAGAGGGAUUUCUAUUCCAGAUUUUUAUUUUGAAGAAUAUUAUAUUGUCUGAGACUACUCUCUUUUUGGUCUAUUUUAUUUUGACGAAUCUGUUUCCUGACGACCGCCAUUAAUUGUUUCGAGCCUGGGAACUGCAUUUUGUUUACUUAAGCAUGGAGAGAUAAGGCUGUCUGCUCUGUUUAUACUGUGAUGUCACCAAGUUUGGAGUAUUAACCCAAUUGUUGCUGAAAUAAGAAGUGGUUUUCCUAUAUUUUUCUUUUAAAAUGGCAAUUAAGAAAGUGGCUGAGAAUCUGGAAAUAACUAUGUUUCAGAAAAUAAUGGAUGAGAUUGAGAUAACGAAACAAAACCUGCGACAGGGUUGUAAGGAGCUGAAAAUUGAAUUGAGUAAAAUGAAGCAGGAGAUUAAAGAUAUAGGGGUCCCUGUGAGAGAGGUGACCCUGGAAGGGGUCCCUGUGAGAGAGGAGACCCCGGAGAUUGGAACAAACGUGGAACAGGAAAAAGAUUUGGAGUCUAUGGACUUUAGAAACAAAAUCUAUUGUUUGGAGACACAGGAGAUUAAAGACAUAGGGGUCCUUGUGAGAGAGGAGACCCUGGAGACUGGAACAGGGGUCCCUGUGAGAGAGGAGACCCUGGAGACUGGAACAGGGGUCCCUGUGAGAGAGGAGAUCCCGGAGAUUGGAACAAACGUGGAACAGGAACAAGAUUUGGAGUCUAUGGACUUUAGAAAUAAAAUCUAUUGUUUGGAACUCAAUGUUAUCUCUGAAGAAAUUAAUGAAGAUUCUAGAGAUAAAGUUAUCAAUGGCAUGGAUAAUCUUCUGGACUGGAAUGAUGUGAUGGAGCCCAAUAUAGAGAAAAUCUAUGGAAUUAACUGCAGCCAUGUG